GCCACCUUUUCUCUGUGAUCCACAUUUCUUUCGUCAACAAGUUAACAACAAAAACCUGUGUAAUUACAGAUAACCUACAUAUACUACAUAUACAUAUAAUGUUACGUCUAAGUAUAUUUCUGUACGUACACAUCUAAAAGUAAAAAAAAAAAGAAAAGGAAAGAACUCCGUUGAUUUUGAAGGCAGACUAUUGGACCGAAAUUAUACGUCCUAAAUUAAGAGAAAUUGAAGGAAAGAGAAGCGGCCAUGAAUUGUCGUCGAGAGAAAAUCAGAAGCAGCUCACUGUCAAGGCCAUCGAGGAUCUCAAUAGCAAUAGCAAUAGGGAUCUCGUUUGGCUGCUUCUUCGCCUUCAUUUUUCCUCGAGGAAUCCUGUCGCCACUCUCUCUCAAUUCACCCAGACUUCAUUACCGCAGAUCUGCUGUAUCCAAUCUCAUUGUACCGACUAAAUGUGAGACAUCGGUGCGACCCAGUGCCUUAAAAGUGAAAGCACAGCUUGUGAUGGCAUCUGAGAGAAAUGCCGUAUUGAAAAGGCAAGUCAAGGAGCUCUCUGCAAAGCUAACAUUGGCUGAACAGCUGAAAGACAUUGCACAGAAACAAAUACUGUCGAGGGAACAGCACAAAGCUGGACCUUUUGGCUCUGCCAAAAGCCUAAGAAUAAAUCCUACUUCACCUGAUGAAUCUGUGAACCCAAGAUUAGCAAAAACAUUACGGAAAAUUGCUGUCCAAGGAGAGCUCAUAGUUGCACUGGCAAAUUCCAACAUGAAAGAAAUGUUAGAAGUUUGGUUCACCAGCAUCAAAAGAGUUGACAUACCAAAUUAUUUGGUUGUUGCUCUGGAUUCCGAGAUUACUAGCUUUUGCCAAUCAAAGAGUGUUCCUGUUUACGAGACAGACCUGGAUAAAGACAUUGAUACCGUUGCAAGGACGGGAGGUGCUCAUGAUGUUUCGAGAUUGAAAUUCCAAAUCCUGACAGAGUUCUUGCAACUGGGUUACUGUAUACUCGUCUCAGAUGUUGCAGUCGUGUAUUUGCAGAACCCAUUUGAUCACCUCUAUAGAGAUUCAGAUGUGGAGGCUUUGAGCGACGGUCAUAGUAAUAGGACUGCUUACGGGUUUGAUGAUGUCUUUGAUGACCCUGCAAUGGGUUGGGCAAGAUAUGCUCAUUCAAUGAGGAUAUGGGUUUAUAACUCAGGUUUCUUCUACAUCAGACCAACAAUCCCUGCAAUCGAGCUUCUAGUUCAUGUUGCUGACCGGGUUUCUAGGGAGAAAACAUGGGAUCAAGAAAUUUUCAAUGAGGAACUGUUUUUCCCUUCAAAUCCUUACUAUCAUGGACUUCAUGCAUCCAGGAGAAGUAUGGAUUUCUAUUUGUUUAUGAACAGCAAGGUCCUGUUCAAAUUUGUGAGGAAAGAUGCCAACCUAAUUCGCAGGAUCAAGCCGGUAAUUGUUUAUGUAAAUUACCAUCCUGACCAGCUCCCUAGGAUGAAAGCAAUUGUGGAGUUCUAUGUCAAUGGCAAACAAGAUGCAUUGAAACCUUUCCCUGAUGGUUCAGACUGGUAGGGAAAGUUUCUGCUUGAUAAUCAAUUAUAUAUCCUCUGAGUUUCUCUGGCUAGCUUCUAGUUUCAAAAGGGUUACAAAGUGUCAGAAAGAACAUGUAUAUAUCCAACAAAAAAAAAGCAUCACAAAUUUUUCUAGAUCAAUCUACAGCUGUUCAUGAACAAAUUAUAUCCACCGAAAGAAAGUGCGGAAUCUAUAUGCUAUUUCUAGAAUGUGAAUAAAAAUGUGGAUACUUGCAAAUAAGUUAACACUUCUUUUUAGUUCAUCUGCUCCAAAUAUGAACUUAAAACUUAAUCUCAUAAGGCAUACCACUUGGCCGAACACUAAUCAACACUCUAAGAACAAUUGCUUUAUAGUAUCAUACAACAGCCAAGAGCUCAUUGUAGAAGUUAGCCUCUUUUAGAAGGGUAUAUCCCAAAUUUGAUCAAAUCUCCAUUAUGUGUAUAAAAGAGAUAAAAACAAUAUUCGGUUAUUCCGACUCAUUUUAGUUAAAUCAAUGUCAAAAUAAGAAAAAUUGGCUAUUGAUUUCACCAAUUUGACACUCAAUGUUACUCACAUAUACUUGUUGAUGUGGACCGAAGUUACCUUCAAGUUAGCAAGAGCAAGCUUUCUAGCUCAUACAAGAGUGAUGUGCCAUCAAAUCACAGUCUUUGCGGUAACAUUGUUUUUAUCUGAUGAGCCCUGGGUUUCAUUUCCAGCAUUGUGCAAAAAUAUUUUUUCGAAACAAGUAAAUGAUACCAUCUAGAUAGCCCAGACACAGCAUCCACCUCACAUCCAGAAAGAAAGGAGGAAAAAGAAAGAGAAAACAUUCCUGUGGGAAGAACCAUAACCAUCAUCAUAUCCACUUCUAAUUUUGCCUGAUUUAUCACCUAAAAACCUGAAACUUUAUGAGUUUCCUUAAGAGUACUUCUCUAAGCUCUAAGUCCCUCUUAUCUGAAGCCAUUUUUUCUUUCUUCAGAAUCAUCCAUGUGGUAACCUAAUCAUACAAAAAAGAUGAAUUAUACAAAAACACUGAAAUUGUUUUAAAAUAUUAAAGUGCUUUUCCACAAACAGACCAGUACAUAUGGACUACAAAAAAAAAGGAAAAAGGGUUGUAAUGAAAUGUUCACAGCUCUAAGCUUACUACAAGAGCGCACACAAAAUGAGACAACAGACAUAAAGAAAGAUGAUUGAUUUUUGGAUUCCCCACUGCUGAUCUAAAGUCAAAUGUUGAAGAGAAGUACGAUAUUGCUUAGAGUUCAUUGUCUUAAGACUUAAGGAGCUUUCAAAUUCAAAGCCAAUUACUUGGUUUGCCCAUAAAGAAGAAAAUUAUUUCACAACUCAAUUUGGUGCCAAUUACAAAAUCAAUACAUCCUACUCAAGUAACAUAUCUGUUAGCAAUCAGGUUAUCAUCUGUUAAACAGGUUGUGACAUGCGCAGAGGCUAGCCAAUCUAGCUGAGCAUGUAUAAUUGGUUACUGUUCCUAAUAAAAACAGGAUGGUCAUUAUCAAUAUGUUUAUGUAAAUAAGCGUGUUUCAAAAAUUAAAAGAAACAUGCCUGCAGCAUGGGCAGAUAUGACAUGGAUUUAAGAAGGUUUAAGGGAGAAAGUACCUGAGUCAAAACAACUGAUUGUUUUUUACUAGAUUUAGCAGGUCUCAUGACUUCCUUAACCAGUGUUUGGUUAGGAGGUGCAGAGGCUGCC